GAACCGAGAGGCGGAUAUUGACUGAGGGAGACGGGAUAAAGAAAAAAAACAGAGUGAGUUAGACAAGGAGAAACGGCCGGUAGGAAUAAAUGUCGCGUGAGGUGUUACUUGGCGACAGUUAUACACUGGGCUUCGUUACUAGUUGGUUCAACAGUUAAUGAGCGUUUUUUGUUGUGUAUAGAAAUUAAGUUAGAGUCAGUAGCGCCUCUUUGUGGCAGAGCGCGCCGGUACCUCGCUCGCUCGAACCGCAGGAGGUCCGUCGGCUGAUCCCGCCCAACCCGGGUCGGUGGAUGUGGUGGAUGGAACAGGCCAGCCAUGGGCUUGACUGCAAAGAAAUCAGAGAAAGGCCCUGUAUGCUGGAGACGCCGGGUGAAGUCAGAGUACAUGCGUCUCCGGCAGCUGAAAAGAUUCAGGAGGGCAGAUGAGGUCAAGAGCAUGUUUAAUUCCAACCGGCAGAAGAUCCUGGAACGCACUGACAUCCUCAACCAGGAGUGGAAGCUGCGACGGAUACAGCCGGUGCACAUCAUGACAUCUGUAAGCUCCUUACGCGGCACCAGAGAGUGCACCGUGGACAGUGGCUUCUCUGAGUUCUCCAAGCAAGUAAUUCCUCUAAAGACUCUGAAUGCUGUGGCAUCUGUACCUGUGAUGUACUCCUGGUCCCCCCUGCAACAGAACUUCAUGGUUGAGGAUGAGACUGUGCUGCACAACAUCCCUUACAUGGGGGAUGAAAUCCUUGACCAAGAUGGAACCUUCAUCGAGGAGCUUAUUAAGAACUACGAUGGCAAAGUGCAUGGGGACAGAGAAUGCGGUUUCAUCAAUGACGAAAUAUUUGUGGAGCUUGUGAGCGCCCUCAAUCAGUACAGUGAUAAUGAGGAUGAGGAUGAUGAUGAAGACCAGCAUGAGUACAAGCUGGAGAAGCUUGAUCUUUGCGAUGGCAAAGACGACAUGGACGAUGCCCGGAAGGACCACCUCCUGUCCUCGCAGGGCCGAGACCGUGACUUCUCCAAAAAGUUUCCGUCUGAUAAGAUCUUUGAAGCAAUUUCCUCCAUGUUUCCAGACAAGGGAUCACCAGAGGAACUAAAGGAGAAGUACAAGGAACUGACUGAGCAGCAGCUCCCUGGGGCACUGCCUCCCGAGUGCACUCCCAACAUUGAUGGGCCCAACGCCCGCUCCGUGCAGCGUGAACAGAGCCUGCACUCCUUCCACACGCUCUUCUGCCGCCGCUGCUUCAAGUAUGACUGCUUCCUUCACCCUUUCCAUGCGACUCCUAACACAUACAAGAGGAAGAACAUGGAAAACUUGGUGGACAGCAAACCCUGCGGCCUUGACUGCUACAUGUACCUGGUACAGGACGGUGUACUGAGGGAGUGCCCUGCUGGCCCGGGGAUGGGGGCUGGAGCCGCGGAGCGCGAGAGGGACCGGGAGCGGGCCAAGACACCCUCCAAACGGCCAACGGGGCGCCGUAGGGGCAGGUUCCCCAACGGCAGCAGCCGACCUAGCACUCCAACGGUGAGUGGGGAGACGCGCGACGUGGACAGUGACACACCGGGGGACUGCAAUGACAAGGAGGACGAUGACAGGAAGGAGGAGACCACAAGCUCCUCAGAAGGCAGCUCACGAUGUCAGACGCCUGUGAAACUGAAGCUGAGCUCUGAGGUGCCGGAGAAUGUGGACUGGAGUGGGGCUGAGGCCUCCCUCUUCCGUGUGCUCAUUGGCACUUAUUACGACAAUUUCUGCGCCAUUGCCAGGCUCAUCGGGACCAAGAGCUGCAGACAGGUUUACGAGUUCCGGGUUAAAGAGUCCAGUAUCAUUGCACGUGCUCCUACAGAAGAUGUUGACACUCCUCCCCGGAAGAAGAAGAGGAAACACAGGUUGUGGGCCACUCAUUGUAGGAAAAUUCAGCUGAAAAAAGAUGGCUCCUCGAACCAUGUGUAUAACUACCAGCCGUGUGACCAUCCGAAGCAGGCCUGCGACAGUUCCUGCCCCUGCGUCACCGCACAGAAUUUCUGUGAGAAGUUCUGCCAGUGCAGCUCUGAGUGUCAGAACCGCUUCCCUGGCUGCCGCUGCAAAGCACAGUGUAACACCAAGCAGUGCCCCUGCUACCUAGCAGUGCGUGAGUGUGACCCCGACCUGUGCCUCACGUGCGGUGCCGCCGAGCACUGGGACAGCAAGAAUGUCUCCUGUAAGAACUGCAGCAUCCAGCGUGGGGCCAAGAAGCACCUUCUGCUGGCCCCGUCUGAUGUGGCUGGUUGGGGCAUCUUCAUCAAGGAGCCCGUGCAGAAGAAUGAGUUCAUCUCUGAGUACUGUGGAGAGAUAAUCUCCCAGGAUGAAGCUGACCGCAGAGGAAAGGUGUAUGAUAAGUACAUGUGCAGCUUCCUGUUCAACUUGAACAACGAUUUUGUGGUCGAUGCAACACGGAAGGGCAACAAGAUCAGGUUCGCCAAUCAUUCCGUCAAUCCCAACUGCUAUGCAAAAGUCAUGAUGGUAAAUGGAGAUCACAGAAUUGGAAUAUUUGCAAAGAGAGCCAUACAAACCGGUGAGGAACUUUUCUUUGACUACAGGUACAGCCAGGCAGAUGCUCUCAAGUACGUGGGUAUUGAAAGAGAAAUGGAAAUUCCAUGAAUCCCUCUACCUCUUCUUCAGGAAAUGCCUUACACUCUUCAGGAUGUUUAAGUGCAGCAUUUUUGCGUAAUGGGUUAUUUGAUACACCAGGAACUUGUGGAACUCUCAUAUUGGUUCUAAUAGUAAAUUAUAACAGUGGUUCUCAGUUGACUUUUUACUGCCUUUUUCACAUUUUAAAAACCAGUUUUUUUUAUAAAGGUGUUUUUUUUUUUUGGAACAUUUCAACACAGUCUACAAUACUUGAACAUUCCUGUGUUUACAGCAACAUGAGUGUAAAAUAAUAAAAUGAUAAUCAAAUUA